AUGCCGAGCCUGUCUGCAGCCUCCAUACACCGCUACAUGUACACCAGUGUUCCCUUCACCACUGGGUCCAAAAUGGGUUUGGACAAAGAGGCCGGCCUAAUUCACCUGGAAACCAGCAUCUCGGAAGGACAGGCGCUGUACGUCACCUGCCGCCUGCAGAACUGCACUGAAGCCAAUAAGGGCAAACCAUUCCCUGGAUUCAUCGACCCCAAUUCUCUGGUGGUGCAGGACGAGUACGUCUUUGUGCAGGUUUCCACUACAGGGAGGCCAAUCUACUACGUGUCUGCAAAAAGAGAUGUAUUCACCCCAAUGAAGCUGCCCAAGUACACGCUGCCGAAGGAGCUGCAUGUGAUCAGCACGGACGAUAACCGUGUGGUGGCAGCGGUGCAGGAGUGGAACCAGAACGAGACUUAUAACUUGUACGUGUCCGACACUUCGGGAGUCUUCUACUCUCUGGCUCUGGAGAACGUGGUCAGCAGCAUGGGCAUCGAGGGCAACGUCAUGGUCGAUUUGUACGAGGUGGCUGGAAUCAAAGGCAUGUUCUUAGCCAACAAACGGAUGGACAACCAGGUGAAAACGUACAUCACUUACAACCGAGGGCGAGACUGGAGGCUGCUGCAGGCGCCCAGCAAAGACCUGCGGGGAAACAACGUCCACUGUGCACUGCCGUACUGCUCCCUGCACCUUCAUCUCCACGUCUCGGCCAAUCCUUACACGUCAGGAAAUAUCGCGAGCAAAGAGUCAGCGCCAGGGCUUAUAAUCGCAUCAGGAUCUAUUGGGGGCGAGCUGACCACCACAAAUGUCACCGUGUUCAUCACAUCAGACGCAGGAAACACAUGGAGACAGAUCUUCAACGAGGAAUACGCCGUGCUGUUUCUCAACCAGGGAGCGGCGCUGGUGGCCAUUAGACACACGCCUCAGUCCAUACGGCACUUGUGGUGGGUUACCAUAGCAACUCAGGCCAAACAAGCAUACAGGCUUUAUGAUAUUUGA